CAAGCCGGUCAGUUGUUUGCCGACACGUGCCGGGUGUUUUAUGUUUGUAAAUGUGCCCAUAACGGAGUGUUUUGUAUUUAUUUAUUUCUAGUAUUGUUAAGUUUGUUUUUUCUCUUCGAGUUUUCCUUCUAAAAGCGUUUUCCGCGUGUUCGAAACGUCCGACAAAAAACAUUAUUUAAUAUUUCCAAUAGUUUAAAAUCAACAUUUUUUUUCGUUAUAAUACAAAAAUUACUUUAUCAACUACCUAUUUGCUCGGUUAACCGUCGUUAAUACUACAAUUUUUAUUUUUAACUUUCGCAUGUGCAAUUAGACGUUUUUCAGUAUAGCAUACCGUAAUCGAAAACCUCUGAAUGUCGACCUCGACGGGUUAAGCACCGUCACGUGUGUUGAGUUUUAUAAAGGAUUUGGACGUCAACUAUCACCACAGAGAAUAUCAAACUUAUUAUGUGUGAGUUACACACCAACCACGAUGACUCUGUGUUUGACGACAUAGAUCUGGGACUGAAGUCUAUACUUGACGAACCGUUUCAUCCGUUUUUCGGAAACAUUGACGAUAAAUGUAUGGACGAACCAAAUCCCAAAAUAGCUCGGAUCGAAGAUUCAAUUGAAAUGGGUAAGAAAACCCAAUCGCUGACCAAUGUCCCAAAAAGAGGCAGUCGCAAGUCGUCAGGUAAAGCAUGCGGAGUGCCGAGGGACGGUGGAAACAUUGACAAAAAAGAAGAAACCGAACUUUUAUGGACCAACGUCGUAGAAUCUCAAUCAGCGUUCCUGGGACCAAACCUUUGGGACAACAAAACCAUACCUUACGAUAACGACCUCAAGUACUGCGAUUUGGACGAAUUCUUAUCCGAAAACGGGUUGCCGGUGGAAAGUGACCAACAGAACGGCGGCACCCCGGCCGGUAGUGGACCGAACGCAAACCCUGGAGCCAUAGUCUCAUCGGCCGGUAACGGGCCCAUCAUGCCGGGUGUCAACAGUCGCCUGUCGCCUCCGCCCCCCCUGACGCUGCACCCCAUACAACAUCUGCAGGCCAACGGCGCCGGAGGAGUGGCCACCAUACUGACCAAGCGCGAACCGUCACCGUCGCCGAGCGAACCGUUGAGUCCGAUCACCAUCAACCCGCCAUCGCCAGCUGACUCAACAUUGUCGUUCGCGUCGUCCAGCCGAGAUUUCGACCCGAGAACAAGGCCGUUUUCCGACGAGGAACUGAAACCACAGCCAAUGGUAAAGAAAUCAAGGAAACAGUUUGUGCCGGACGGGCUUAAAGAUGAAAAAUACUGGGCGAGACGCCGGAAAAACAACAUGGCCGCUAAACGGUCGAGGGACGCAAGGCGUAUGAAAGAGAACCAGAUCGCUUUAAGGGCAGGCUUUUUAGAAAAAGAGAACAUGGGCCUCCGACAAGAGAUGGAACGUUUAAAGAAAGAAAAUUUAGCACUACGGGACCGGCUGUCCAAGUUCACCAACGAGAUCUAAACUCAAAAAUUAUACCGAGUUACUUAUAUAUAGAUAUAUAUAUAUAUAUACAUCACACUCGCAAAUUACACGUGCAUUAUGUGUGUGUUGGUGUACUUUUUACCCUGUUUAUUAUUUUAUUAUUAUUAUUUUUUUUUUGUAAAAGAAACACCUACUUACCCAAAACAUUAUCGUUUUAUAUUAUGUAUACAUUAUUAUUAUUAUUAUAAUAUUAGGUAAAUCAUAUAUAUCUAUAAAUUAUAAAUGUAUACAUCGUUUUUGAUUUACAUACAUUUAUAAAAUAUAUUUUAACCAAUCGGUUGACCUUAGGAAAAAAAUGAAGGAUAUCCAUCGGUAUAAUAUAAGUAUAUAUAUUAUUAUUAUUAAAACACUUCAGUAUGGUUUGAUAUUAUUUUAUUUUUAUUUUUUUGAUAUUGCGCAAAUAUUAUUAUAAUAAUAUAUUUUACGCAACUGAUCUCAAUAUUCUCCCAUACUAAGUAAGUCGUUUUUUUGCUUUCAUUUUACGGUUACCCAUGCAUUUAUAUAAUAAUCAAUAUCGAUUACAUUCAAAAUUAAUAAGAAAUAAUAAUAAUAUACAUUUUUCAAAUAUAUUAUGGUUUUGUUGUAGGUAUUUACUGUACAUAUAUAAAAUAAAAUAAAAUACAAAAUAGGUCUAUAUUAUAAUAUUAUUAAAUUAUUAUUAUUAUUAUUAUUAUUAAUAUUUUGAUUAUAUUAUUAUUAUUAUAUUAGAAUUCGUCCUAUUUAUGUUUGUACAGUUAAGAUGAGUAGUUUAUCCGCUUCAACAGACAUAUUAUAUUAAUAUAGUCGGCAUUGCGAUUCAGGUUAGGUUAAAAAAAUUGCAUAACAAUUGGUUGCCUGAACGAUAGGAAACGUACUUUUUAAUUUAAAUUCUAUUUUUUUUUGUCAAUGUUUUUUUUUUUAAACUUUUUAUAAUCUUGACCAGAUUUGGGUCGUUGAGAGAAUAGGUUCUUAAAAAAAAUUUACAAGUAUCCAGUUAUCUUUUUUUGAACGCUUUAUUUCAACAUAAAUAAUUAAUUAAUAAAUUAACACCUAACUUAGUUUAUAUUACUUCACCCCUAUUCAUAUAUAUAUAUAUUUGUGUGUGUGUGUGUACGUAUAGUUUAAGGCAUGUUCUUUUUAAUAUUGUUUAAAUUUACCAUUAUUAUUUAAUUUUGUUUGGUUAGAUACUUAACUUUUUCUUCUUUUAUUUUGUAGUAAGCUAAGUGUUGAUUUUUUUAAAUGUUUAUUUCUAGACAUUUGAACGAUUAUUGACAAUGCGGUCGAUUAUUUUGUAUUGUACAUAGUUUAUAAUAUUAAUUAGGCUUUAUAGUAUAUAAUAUAUAUAUUUAUAAUAAGAAGGUAUUCGUUCUAAGAAUAAUAUACAUUUUGCUAUUUUGUGAAUAGUUAUUUUUUUUAUAAUAAUUUUAUUAUAAUAAUAUAAUACCUAAUUGUAUAAUUUUGUUUGAUAAAAAAAGAAAACGUGUAUGGGUUAGGGCUUCUGCUUAUGAUUUUAGUUUUUUUUUUUUAAUUCUUUUUGUGUAUAUGAUUUCCGUGUACGCCUUAAAAAAAUGAAUGUAAACAUAUAAUUAUCAUUAUUAUAGCAUUGUUGUCAAACUAUAAUUUUUGUCCGAGUUCUAUAUUUUUUUGCAUAAAUAUACACAAAUAACCAAU